UAUCUUAGUCUUAUAGAGAAACCUUAAAAUCUUGCCCACGCGGCAACCAACUUUAUAUAACGUCCGAUUCCUCACUCUACCCACCUAUCCUUAUUCUAUCGUUUCUAAAUAUUCGACCUAUCCUUUAUAUUAAAUAAUAGGGGUACCUGAGCUACAGCUACGCCAUUACCCCAACUGCUAUCAUGUCCAACUCACAAAACGAUGACGGUCCGCCGUUAUUACGACCUAUUCCUCGACGACCCUUUAACCUAAUCCCCAGAGAGCCGACACCUCCCAACGAUGACUCUCCCGCCCCUAUAGUCUCUGCCGACCCGGGGCACGUACCGCUAUUAAACCUCGAGUCACUCAAUUCUCGGUUGCUUAAUAUGAGGAAUACGGACCUCACUCCCGAGUCUACUACUAUCAGCCGCACCGAUUCCUCACUUAACCUGACGGGUUCGACGUUAGCAGGCAUCUACUCACCAUCCAUAUGGGGUAAGGAUAAAUUUGACAUGGGAGUUGACGAGCCGGGUACGCCCUGGGGCACAGGCGCUGAUACACCUGCAAAGAACCUAAGGGCAGACGAGCCGAACUACAAAAUACAGAAAGAGAGGGCGCUGUCGGGCCGGAGGCGAUCUUCCUUACAUCCGGUAGUACGUCCACCACCGCUGUCUACCGCACAGCGCGUAUUCUACCAUGGUUUGCGUAGCUUGCUCCUGUUUGGACUAGGCGUCCUCUACGGGAUGCUGGCCGUCCAGUUACGGGACAGGCAAAUGGCUGUAGGGCCUCUCGAAAUGCAUAACCUGCUCCGGAGCGCUGACGGCGGUUAUAAUUGGGGCUAUCUGGCGUUUUCGGGCGUGUGCGGGAUCGUAAUGGGCAUUUUACUCCCUUGGUUUGACGGUGUCUGGGAGCGGGUUUUCGGGAGCGACGAUGUAGCCGUUGAAUCCCCUGUAGAGCAAAGCGUGGAAGAUCAGACAUUUAAGCGGCCUGCCUCGUUUACGGACUGGGCAUUGGCAAUCAGAGAGAAAACUCCCGUGGAGUUCAACUCUCCAAGUUUCGCUCGCGUUUGCUCUCGUAAACCCAGUACUCUGGUAUAUAUUAGAUCGUUCCAUGUCCGGCUUAGUGCUGUCAAUCUUCGGCGGGCUAGUCGGGUCUGCGAUGCUUCUGGGACUAACACCGGAGGCGGUACCAAGCCCGGCAGCCGCGGCAACACCUGCUUACGAGGCGUUUGGUCCCGAGUAUGGUAAUGCGACGAACGGCGGCGCUGGUAAUCUUGAUCAGCAGCAGAAAUUAACAACUGUCGGCGGAGUAAACCAGGAGACAAUUGCUCUAGGCAUCUGGUUAUGGAGCGUUAUAUUCUGUUGCAGCAUAUGUUUUGGAAAUAUCGGGCGUUGGCUGGCGGUCAACCG